AUGGCUGGCGUACGAGCAGUAGGCGUUGCUGCUGCUACUGCUAAUCAGGCAGCUCAUCUUCGGCCGCCGCUCGGCAACAUCAUACGCACCUUCCGGUAUCGAGACAGCCAUUCGCGCUCACUCGUCGAACAUAAUCUAUCACCUUCUAGCACGAGAAAGCGAUGUAGGCACGACCAUGCACGCUCUGCAACAUCUCCCAGCUGUGACACUGCAAGCACUGAAAAUGCACUUGAUUUAUCUUCUCGCCAGCCUCCUUCCAUCCCGCCGCCUCUGCAAGGUGUAAAAGUUGUAGAUCUCACUCGCGUUCUGGCUGGUCCCUACUGCACCAUGCUUCUUGCCGAUCUUGGUGCGGAUGUGAUUAAGAUCGAACAUCCCAAGGGUGGGGAUGAUACGCGUGCAUGGGGCCCUCCCUUUGCGCAACCUUCCUCGAAAUCGUCCUUGCCACCACCGCCCAAGGGGAAGGAAGACUACUGGGCGAGCCUACCGCCGGAAUCAGCCUACUUCCUCUCCGUAAACCGGUCCAAACGCUCGAUUACGGUCGACCUCAAGUCGCGCGAGGGUCUCGCGAUCAUCAAGCGGCUCGUCCAGCAGGCCGACGUGGUCGUCGAGAACUACCUGCCCGGCAAGUUGGCGAGCAUGGGCAUGGGAUACGAGCAAAUGAAGGGGUGGAAGCACGAUAUCAUUUACGCCAGCAUCACCGGCUACGGCCAGACAGGCCCGUUCAGCCCGUCGGCGGGGUACGACGUGGUCAUCGCCGCCGAUGCGGGGCUCUUUCAUAUCACCGGCGAAGCAGACCGGCCGCCGGUCAAGAUCGGCGUCGCGAUGACGGACCUGACGACGGGGCUGUAUGUCCAUGGUGCCAUCAUGGCUGCGCUUAUCGGGCGCAGCAAGACGGGUCAGGGCGUGCACAUCGACGCGAGCCUAUUUGAGAGCCAAAUCGCAAGCCUGGCGAACAUCGCCAGCAACUACCUCAUCGCUGGCCAGGAGGCCGGGAGGCACGGCACUAGCCACCCUUCCAUUGUUCCGUACCAAGUCUUCCCGACCAAGGACGGGUUCCUGAUGGUGGGCGCCGGAAACGACGGGCAGUUCAAGCUGCUCGCGAGCCUGCUUGGCCGCCCGGACCUGGCGGCAGACAGCAGGUACAGCACGAACAUUGCGCGCGUCGCGCACCGCGAUGGGCUGAUUGCUCUUCUCUCGUCGCUGCUCCAGCAGCACACUAGCGCCGACUGGCUCGCGCAGAUUAACGGGCGCAUACCCGCUGCGCCAAUUCGCAACAUCGCGCAGACGUUCGCGCACCCGCAGGCGCGCGCACGGGGGGUCGUCACGCAGGUCGACCAUCCCCGCGCUGGGCGCAUCAAGAUCGCCAGCCCCGCGGUCCAGUACGGCGAGAGCAAGAUGCCGGUCACGCGCCCCCCGCCCGUGCUGGGCCAACACACGGACGAGGUGUUGGCGGAACUAGCUUACAGCGAGGACGAGGUGCGGGCCCUCAGGCAGGCUGGAGCCAUAGGGCGAUGA